AUGAAGGAAGUAGUUCAAAAGGAGGAUGCCAAGCCAAGACUUAUCAGGUGGGUGUUGUUGCUACAAGAAUUUAAUGUUGAAGUGAGGGAUAGAAAAGGAAACGAGAACCAAGUUGCAGACCAUUUGUCAAGACUACCACAAGAGACCAACCAAGCGGAACCACAACCAGUAAAUGGGAAGUUCCCAGAUGAACAUCUUCUUCAAGUCCAACAAGCAUCUUGGUUUGUUGACAUUGUAAACUACAUGUUUACACUUUACAGACCCUCUUCACCUCACCCACACUACUCUGCCGAACCUGUGGUCACCGCCGAUCAUCCGGGUUGCACUCCAGCCAGCCUCCGACCUCGCAACUCAGACAACCUCCACCCUUUUCCAUGCUUCACGCUCAGAGGUUACAGAGCCUUAACUCGCUCACACUGCUCUACUUCCUACCUGUGGCCGCCAUCAACCUCCGGUCUCAGACCUUCCACCCUCGCAAACCUCAGACCUCACACCUCAGGCGACCUCCACCCCCCGUCCUUGGCGCUCACAGAUGUUGAAAACUCCUGUUUCACUCGACAUGCUUGCCGCAUAUUUAAUGGAUCGGGAAAACCCAUUGAUAAUGGUCCACUCAUAUUACCAGAGCCUUACUUGGACAUAUCAGGAAGUUCCAUCAAUCCUAGUGAGAGAAUCUAUCUAGACGAGAUGUUACAAAUCAGAAUUUCUACAAUUGAUGUCAUGAGUUCUAUUGCUAGAGGUCAAAAGAUCACUCUAUUCUCAACUGCUGGUCUUCCCCAUAAUGAAAUUGCUGCACAGAUAUGUCAUAAGGCUGGUUUAGUCAAGCGAUUAGAGAAAUUUGAUAAUCUGCACAUAACUUUUUCAAAUAAUUUUAUCCUUCAUUAAAUGAAGGAGAUGUUGAAGCAUUUA